CAGAAAUGGAUGGAAGACGAAUUUCGUUGGGCCGCGCAAAAUUCAAAAAGCAGGAAAGACAUACAGACAGACAGACACACACACACACACACACACACACAACGCACACACACACACACACACACACACACACACACACACACACACACACACAAACGCACACGCAUACACAGACACACGCAGACACACACACACGACAUGGCGACGAAGCAGGCAUCGCAGGCCAUCACGCUGCGUGGCAGCGCAAACAUGGUGACAGAGUUCUUUGGCUUUGCCAUCAACAGCGUCCUCUACCAGCGUGGCAUCUACCCACCAGAGCAGUUUGAGCGGGUGAAGAAGUAUGGCCUGACGCUGCUGACAACUGGCGACGAAUCGCUCAAGCGCUACGUGAACAACAUCCUCACCCAACUCAACACAUGGCUGAUGGAGAAGACGAUCCAGAAGGUUGUGCUCGUCAUCAGCAGCUCCAUGACGUCUGAGGUCAUGGAACGCUGGCAGUUUGACAUUGAGUGUGACAAGUCCAUGGACGAAAACUCUGUGUCGAACAAGACGGAGAAGGAGAUCCAUGCUGAGAUUCAGGGCAUCCUGCGUCAGAUCACGGCCAGCGUGUCGUUCCUGCCACUCAUUGACGACCCGUGUGCCUUUGAGAUUCUCAUCUACACCGACAAGGACGUGCUCACACCAGAGACGUGGGAGGAGUCCGAUGCAAAGCUCGUGCCCAACGCCGCAGAGGUGUUUCCCCUCCGCUCCUUCUCCACAAACAUCCAUGCGGUCAAGUCAUCGGUCAUGUACCGGCGCGAAGACUGACGAGGAGACGCGGCUAACAACCAGAAAGCGAUGGAUUGACAUGAUUGUUGAGCAUGGGCGUUGUAUGACUUGGGUGGCAUGUUGUUUUGUGGAUUCCUACUGUGUUGCAGCCAUCGCACGAGUUACAUUGAAUGAGCGUGCAAGAUGGAAUGCAGAACCAAGGGCAUGUGUGCGCGCGAUGGAAGUGAGACAUGGUCAAUCGCUUUGGGGAGCGCUCACGGGUGCCUGUAACGACAAUCCCAACGACCAACAGUUAUGUCUUCUGUCAUCGGAUUGUAACCGUCGAUGUACGCUUGAAGAUUGGUUGAUGCAUUUGACGGUGUUUGCGCAAGCACACACACACAUACACACACAGUGCUUUUGGUUCUUUCAUGUCAAUGUCAACCAAUGACCAACAGCACACAUAAAGUCGGGUUUUCAAAUGAAGUCUUGACGUUGUGACCUGAUUCGUUUAUCAAUGAACACGGAAG